AUGGAACGUGACGGUAGACGCGACCCGGGCCAAUGGCGCGGGUGUCACACUUUUCAAGAGAUCGGUAGUGGAGGCGGGAUCCAGAAGCGUAGUGGAGGUCUCAAAAUGGGAGAGACAUAUUACUACUAUUAUGAGGUGGAUGGCUCCACUGAGACACACGAUCCGAGCAGGCCGAGUACAAAUGUUUGUCCUUAUCUUCCAGGUCAGACAGUCAACACGCUUGAGGUGCCGGUCGAAUUCUCGUCGAGGUCUAGGAGCGCCUCAAUGAACUCACUACAUGCUACCGACUUCAAGACAAUGGAUCCUCGAGACAAGUUCACUACUCCGAGACCAGCUCCACCUGUUCCCGACUCAUUCGGACCAAGGAUACCAACAUCGCAUCCGAUCCAAUUGAGACACAAGGCAUCGGCCCGUUCGUUAUCGCCUUCACCAAGCUGGGCCGGUGUGGCCCGGCGCUUUUUGGGGUUGAGACCGUCCAGCCGUUCGAGUGAUGGCAGUAGAUCUCUCAAUAGCCGAGACUCUGAGGAUGUGCCUUUCGGUGCCGGCCUAGGUGCCAGGCUCGGUGAGAGCCGCAGCACCACGCCUUCCGAUAGUUGCCGUUCACGCGACCUCUCUCCGGAGUCUCUUCGAAGGUUCCUCUCUGAAGACACGCCAAUGCCACAAUUCCUUCCGGGCCAAGCCCAUAAACUCACUAUACCAGACGAGAUAGUAGAGGAUAUCGAGGACGACGACAACUUUGCUACCUCUACGGUCUCGGAGACCGCGCCUUUCACGACGCUUUCGCCUCCCCCGUUUCAGCGGAGCUUAUCCUCGUCGUCGGUCAAUGGCAACAACGAGUCGAUGACCACGCUCGUGCCAGAGCGGCACGCAGGAGAAGUGAGCUCAUCCGACACUGGUAUGACAGGCCCAAAGCCAGUUGUCAUGCUAGAUACUUCUCGAUCAUACUUGUCUUUUUCCGCAACUUCAUCAAGCGUUGCAUCUCCUAUCUCCCCUCAAUUCGUCAGCUCACCCGCAAACGUCAACUUCUCAUUCUUUGAUGAGUCGAACGAGGAUGAUCUGCCUCAUUCCGGUCCAAAUGAUGCUAUGAACGGCCAGCAUCGUCACCAGCCCUUUGCAGGCUAUAGCCUGCCACAGCCAGCAACCAGUGGUCAGAAGUACCCUGCGACAAACAGAUCAACGUGUGCGUUUGGUUACCCAGACGUCGUUACUCGGAAUGAAAGUGACGUCCCGAUUGGAAACACUUCGCUUCUGAGUCUGAAUGGCCUGGACGCAGGUCUCAAUGAGCUGACUGAUGAGAUCAGCUGGAUUGCCAACGCUAUCUGA